UUGAGAGUGGAUUGUAAACAAACGGCUAUGGCUGCUGAGAGGGGCGGAGGCGACAACAAUAUUAACGACGAAAUGGGGAACCAACUACAGCUCCUGCCAGAAAAUGAAGAGGAGGAGGAGGAGGAUGACAUGGAGAUGGAGGAUCGAGAUGGUGAGGAUGCAGAAAAGCCAACUAUUAUAAACUUUGACACGAGUCUGCCAACGUCACAUGCUUAUCUGGGCUCAGACAUGGAGGAGUUUCACGGCCGCACUCUGCACGACGAAGAAAGUGUGCAGAAUCUGCCUGUUCUUCCCCACGUUGCUCUUAUACUGAUCCCAGGUCAAACACUGCCCUUGCAACUUUUCCGACCACAGGAGGUCAGCAUGUUCCGCACGCUCAUAAGCCAAGAUCGCACAUUUGCAGUGCUUGCACACAGUCCUGAUGACAGUGGAGGAGAGAUAAAGGCAGAGUUUGGGACGACUGCAGAGAUCUAUGCAUUUCGUGAGGAACAGGAGUACGGCAUAGAGACAGUGAAGAUAAAAGCCAUUGGUCGGCAACGCUUCAGAGUACACGAUAUACGCACACAAGCAGAUGGGAUUCGCCAGGCAAAAGUGCAAAUUUUACCUGAGAGGAUUCUGCCAGACCCUUUAAGUGGACUGCAAUCCCAGCCACGCUUACACACACACAUGCCACAGACCAGACACUCACAAACAACAACACCACAGGUCCGGUGCAGCCAGACCUAUAGACAGAAGCAGCUCCAUUGUGCUAGUAUGACCUCAUGGCCUCCCUGGGUGUAUGCCCUUUAUGACUCUAAAACUCUAAUGAGCAGAGUAAAGAAACAACUCCACGAAUGGGAUGAAAACCUGAAAGAUGAGUCCCUUCCCACAAAUCCCACAGAUUUCUCAUACAGGGUGGCUGCAUGCCUGCCAAUAGAUGAUGCUUUAAGAUUGCAGCUACUGAAGAUCAGCAGUGCCAUUCAGAGACUUCGCUGUGAGUUGGACAUUAUGGACAGGUGCACCUCCCUGUGCUGCAAACAGUGUCAGGAUACAGAGAUAACCAGCAAGAAUGAAAUCUUCAGUCUGUCUCUGUAUGGGCCAAUGGCAGCAUAUGUGAAUCCCCAUGGAUAUGUUCAUGAGACACUUACGGUCUACAAGGCCAACAAUCUCAACCUGAUCGGACGACCUUCCACACUGCAUAGUUGGUUUCCAGGGUAUGCAUGGACAAUUGCUCAGUGCAGAACCUGUGGUUCUCAUAUGGGCUGGAAGUUCUCAGCAGUAAAGAAGGAUCUGAGUCCGCCUCGUUUCUGGGGGUUGACUCGUUCUGCCCUGCUACCAACAAUCCCACAAGGCGAGGAGGGUGUCGAGGGGUCACGCUUACUGUGCCUGUGACAUAAUCUGUGGAUUGUCUGUGACCUUUUAACCCUACUGCCCACAAACACAAGCAUAUAUGCUCCCCUGGGGGUUUCUUCUAUCACCCCUAAAAACAUUUGA